ACUACAGUACCUUCAAAUAUUCAAGAUGGAUGAUCCUUUCAACGCUGGCUCUCCGGGCCCGGAAGAGGUCGAUCUCUACGAACUUCUCGAAAUCGACAGAACCGCAACACCAGACCAGAUAAAGAAGGCUUACCGAAAGGCCGCUCUCAAAUACCACCCAGACAAGGUUGCCGAGGAGCAACGUGAAGAGUCAGAAGCCAAGUUCAAGGAAGUCACACAAGCCUACGAAAUUCUCAGCGAUGAGCAGAAGCGCGAGCUUUACGAUGUUCACGGUAUGGCCGCUUUCGACAAGUCCCGCGGUGGCCCCGGCGGUCCUGAGGUCGACCUCAACGAUAUCCUUUCCCAGAUGUUCGGUUUCGGCAUGGGUCCCGGAGGCCCUGGAGGUCCUGGCGGCCCCGGCGGCCCUCGUCGACCCAGACGUGGCCCUGAUGAGGAGCAAGAGUACAAGGUGACCCUGGAAGAGCUUUACCGUGGUAAGACUGUCAAGUUUGCCGCCAACAAACAGGUGCUCUGCGGUCAGUGUAAGGGUUCUGGUGGCAAGGAGAAGGCCAAGGCUGCGUCUUGCGAACGUUGCAAGGGUAACGGUAUCGUCGAGGCCUUCCGACAAAUCGGCCCCGGCAUGAUGCGACGUGAGACUGUUCUUUGCGACCAUUGCCAGGGCGCUGGCCAGGUUUUCAAGGAGAAGGACCGAUGCAAGAAGUGCAAGGGCAAGCGAACAAGCCAAGAAAAGAAGGUCCUCGAGAUUUACAUCCCCCGAGGUUCUAUGCAGGGCGAGCGCAUCGUUCUUGAAGGCGAGGCCGAUCAGCACCCGGACCAGACGCCUGGUGAUAUCGUCUUCACUCUGGUUGAAGAGCCUCAUGAUGUCUUCACUCGCAUCGGCCACGAUUUGUCUGCCGAGCUGACUGUGACACUUGGCGAGGCUCUAUCAGGUUUCUCCCGUACUGUCUUCAAGCACCUCGAUGGACGAGGUAUCCAUAUCGAACGCCCCCGAGGCAAGAUUCUGCGACCAGGUGACUGCCUCAAGAUCCCUGGUGAGGGUAUGCCCAUGAAGCGUGGCGAGGCCAAGGGUGAUCUGUACCUUAUUGUCAAGGUUGAGUUCCCUGAGGACGGAUGGCUGAAGGAGGACUCCGAGCACGAUGCUCUGCAGAAGAUGCUGCCCACUGCUCCCGCCAACGUUGAGGCUGAGGAGGUUGAUGAGGUCGAGUACGAGGAUGAUGCCGACAUUGAGAAGAUGGGCGAAAACUCAGGCGACGGCCGAUUCGGCGGUGACUGGGAAGACGAUGACGACGACAUGGGUGAUGGUCAAGCUCAGUGCCAGACACAGUAAUCGAGUACACACUGCGAUCAGUACCAACGAUAGAGUAGGCCUAGAAGUGCAAGGUUUCCGCCCUGGGUUAACGAAGCGACGACUAUUUCAGGAUCAGGGGCCGAUUGGGCACUGCCAUGGCUAUGGCGGGCUCUCGAUGGAAAUUUAUCAAAAAGGAAGAAGACUGAAUAUCAUGUUCGGUUUGGGCAUCUCAGGGCCAGAGAUGACAUGAUACCAUACCAUACAAACCAUGCUUGGGAUUCAGGAGGAUAGAUCUUGCUCUAGGAAGGCGAGGUCCCAUUUCGUCAUACGGCGUACAAGAUAGAUAUAAAUUCGUGCAUGAGUACGCUUAGACCUUGAAGUUACUGCAGC